ACUAACAUGCAUAACUGUUAAGUUUGUCGUUUGGAAAAUACAAUUAAACAAAAAAAUCACUUAAUACUACGAUGUUGUCUUUAACAAAUAGGACAAACACAGCUUAUUAAUUGCAAAACUAUUAUACAAGACUUGAGAAAUCGUGUGGAGCCUCUAAAAAAUAUCGUGCUAAUAAUUAAUUAAUACAUAUAUAAAGUUGCAAUAUAUUAAUUUGUAAGAUAAUAAUAAGAAAACUGGCCCUCGCUCCUCGAAGCUCACAUAAUAAUUUUAUUUUCCAUAUCAAAAUAUUAUAUAUGAUUAUUGCAAUCUGUACUGUACAUGUAUAUAAAUCAAGUUCAAUUAAUUAUUUGGAUAUAAAAUUUAAUAAAACUGACGUAUAUCACAGCUGAUAUAUAUUUAUACGAUUUUGCUGAUUAUAAUAAUUAAUUAACAUGGUCAGUAGUGAUGUCAUUAAUAAACUACAAGUUACAUCUUUUGGUCGGAUACUCCAAGUCCAACCUAUAAAAGGCCCUUUUCUCUAUUUUAUUUCCCAUCAAAACCAAGAGAUUCAACAAACUCAAAUAACAAUCGUACAUCUCUAUACUCAAGCUAAGAAAUCAAAAAUGGGUUCCUGGUCAGCUGAGAAUGCCACAAAAGCCUACCUUAAAACCUUGAAAAUGGGACACAAGGCUAAUGAGCCAGACGAAGUCGAGUUCAUAUCCGCGCUAGCAGCAGGCAACAACGCGCAACUAAUGGUUGUAGCCUGCGCGGGGGCUGCUGAUGCCACCGCGCUAGCUCUCGUGGCAGCAGCCCACCAAACUGGAGGACGCGUGGUUUGCAUUCUCCAAGGAAACGGUGGGCUGAUGCAGUCCGAGGAAUUAAUCCUCGGACUAGACCAUGCUUGCCACUUGGAGUUUGUUAUUGGAGACGCACAACACUUGCUCUUGACUCACUAUCGAGACGCAGAUUUUGUACUCAUCGAUUGUAAUCUCGAGACUGUUGAAAUGGCUGCCCUCGUCGACGCCAAUAAAGAGAGGCAAAACGGCGUCGUUUUUGUUGGCUACAACGCUUUCAGAAAAGGGUCUUCCUCGCAAUCUAAUAGUCUUGUGGGGUGUAGAACGCAGUUGUUGCCUAUUGGAGAAGGUUUAUUGGUGACUCGGAUUAAUGGUAGUGAUAAAGCUAAUAGAAAAAUUAUUAGAGCAAAUAGUACUAAUAAUAAUAAUAAUAAUGUUAAUAAUGGAAAAAAAACACAUAAGAGAAGUCAUAGUUGGGUUGUGAAAGUUGACAAAUGCACUGGUGAAGAGCAUGUGUUUAGGGUCAAAUCAUUUCCUAAUCAUGGUAGACAGAUUGAAGCUUAAUUAUAUAUUUAGAUAUAGUUAUGUGUUUAGGCUGUUAAUUAUAUAUAAUAUAAUGUAAUAUUAUUAUAGGAUUCAUGUAUUUUACUACUUUUGAGAUUCUUUUUCCAAAAGGGAAAAGGAAAGAGUAUGUAUAAAUUACUAAGUUUUGAAUUUUGA